CUGUGUGUGUGCAUGGGUGUUUGUGUGAGAGAGAGACGGUGGACGACUCGGGGAGUCUGUGUGUCUUAUCAUGGCUGACGGGUCCAGUGAUGAUGAUGUCAUCCACCUGGCUAGUUUCAACACCCAUCGCAGUCGAGCUAAAAGAGUUAGGACGAGGACGCCCUACAUAACCAUAUCUUCAUCGUCGGAUUCUGAUGAUGAACCUGUCAGAUUCGUACCAAAUGUCCCUGUCGUGGUCAAGGACGAUGAAGAAGAGGAGGACGUGAGCAUCUUGGAGCCACAGCCCUCACCUCUUCGUGAGCUGAUCCGACCUGCUGCUAAGUGGGGUGCGAGCACCUUCCCAAGCCAGGCAUCUGGAUCCAACAGACAUCCUACCAGCGCACACGCUCAUCAUCCUUCUGUAGUCACUGCACAUCCUACAUUAGGAAACCAAGCCAUAGGUGUCUUAACCACAGACCAGAAUGCUGUACCCUCGACAUCUAGAGAAAAUGCCUUGCACAGACCUCCAAUGCCUGUUAAGGACUCACUGCCCCUUCCCAAGGACCCUUCAUUCAGUGCACACUCAGUGAAUCAGGCCAAUUCUGUUUUCUCAGCUCCACCCACCACUGAAUCAGGUCAGUCAGACUUGGGCAACAAAAUUGAAGUGGUCGUCUGGCCGAGAACUGAAAGGACCACAAAAAGGCCUCGGACGCCACAGGAGACUGUGCUAGUAGAGGUCAGACGAGACGAGCAGCCGGCGGCCCCUCUCUCUCCUGCACGUUUCCCUGCACCUGCUGACAAUGAGAGACCUGGACCUUCAGCGCCCAGAGAGCCCGUCAUACAGCAGACCCCUGACCGGACGACCCUUGAUAUGCUGGUGAAGAGGGUGAUGGACCUUUUCCCCGAUGUGCAGGACGCAUAUGUAGCAGAAUUGAUAGAGAGAGGUGAACUGAAAGAUUUAAAUGUAAUAUGCAAUCUAUUGUUGGAAAACCCUGAUUAUCCGAAAAAAGCGAACUCCGUUUUGACACAAAGCAGUGUUCUCCUCGAGGCGAAUGAUUCUGAGACGCAGGAAAGUGAAUUUUUUUUUGAUUAUUUCAAACUAAAGACUGUUGGCCCAGAGGUCGUCAUUCAAGCUGCAGACAUGCUGAUGGGUGACUUCAGAAUGUUGAGCUGUCAGGAUAUCAAAUGGGCCCUGAAUUGCCUCAAAGGACACUAUGCAAUCACCCGAAAGGCCUUAUUCGAAGCCCUCAAGAAGUGGCAAGAGAACUCUACUGACCCCUCAGGGAAGAAGAAGAGAAGGAGAGAGCCAAAUGAGCGUGCGUUCAUAGACUUCAAGUUUGAGCAGGGUUCUUUAAAACUGGAGAGAAAGAUGUACUUUCUGGAGAAGAAUCGUAGAUGGAGCCGCGGUAACGAGACUACAAUGGAGCCGUCGCUCGUGAAAGAGCUGCAGUUCUACGAGCAGAAAGCCAAGGAAAUGGCUGAGCAUGAAGAUUUCCUGUUGGCUUUGCAAGUGAAUGAGGAGCAGUAUCAAAAGGACGGCCAGUUGAUUGAGUGUGGCUGCUGCUGUGGGGAGUUUGCCUUUGAGGAGAUGACCCAGUGUACAGAUGGCCAUUUGUUCUGCAAGGAGUGUCUGGUGAAAUACGCCCAGGAGGCAGUGUUCGGCUCGGGACGGUCGGAGUUGAGUUGUAUGGAUGGGAGCUGCACCUGUUCCUUCCCUACCAGUGAGCUGGAGAAGGUUUUACCUGAAAACAUUCUGUGCAAAUAUUACGAGAGACAGGCAGAGGAGGCCGUAGCAGCCACCUGUGCUGAUGAACUGGUCAGGUGUCCAUUUUGUAACUUCCCAGCACUGUUGGAUAAAGACAUUUCUCUGUUCAGUUGCCCAAACCCACGCUGCAGAAAGUUGUCUCUUCCUCUGUCCACCUCUGUAUCUCUGAGCCCCACAGUGGUCACUUGGUGGCGCCAUAGGCCCGUGGAAAAGGUCAGCAGA